AUGGCUUGCUCUCACUCGCGUCUCCAAAGGGGAAGACUUGUCCGCACUGGCCCUACCACCAGCCUCUGCUCCUCUGACAUCUGCGGCCCAUGUGAGGUCUGCCUGCCCAGCACCUGCCCGCACAAGGUCAGCCUCCUUCAACCCACCUGCCGUGACACCUGCCCCCCGCCCUGCUGUGUGCCUGACUCCUAUGUGUCAUCAUACUGGCUGCUCACCAAGCACAACCCUGCCCCAAACCUGGCCGGGGUCUCUGUCACCACCUGUGUCCAGUCCUGUGAAUGUGGCCCUGCUUGCUGCUAG